AUGGAUUACGCGCGAAAAAUCGGUAAAUCGGACAAGCCGAAAAAAUGGGUGAAACAAUUUACACCGUCUGCAUCCUCGCACGAUGGCCUGAUCAGUCCAGAUACAGUUUACCCCGAAGAUCGUCGUUUGCUAAAUUGGAAAACGUGGUUAAAAAGACACGAAAACCAAUACGAACGUAUCAAAGCCACCACGAAUCGUCACCAAAACGAUCAAAUUCUGACCUCUUGCGAAAGAGUUCGAGCGCAGGUAGAAAUGAGAAAUCUGAUGGAUUACGCGACUGCGCCAGUGCCGAUUGUCCCAGACAAACAUCGAGGUGGACCAGAAUUUUGGAGAACACCGGAAACACUGCCGAAACGAAAUUCCUGUCUACCAGACAUCGCAUUCACGCCAAGCAAAAAGGAGCUGAAUGUAACGCCAGAAUUAACGCACGUCGAUUUGCCCGAAUUAAUAGAGAAAGAGAAGAGCCUGUCUGGUCUACGCUCGAAGGAACCGUUAUGGAAACGAAGUCAGUACUUGGCGAAACGAAAAGGAGAGCUGUCGAAGGAAAUAGAGAGACUCCUAGCUAAAGAACCAGACACGAAGGAUUUGGCAAUUAAGAAUCGUACUAUACCAAAGAAAGAAACGCUGAGAAGAAUUCCUCCGAUAACAGUUUCCGGCGUGGAAAACGAACCAGAAGAGGAAUCUUGCCGCGACGGUUAUCCCGAACAGGCGAUUGUGCUGAAGAUCCAGGAUCGUGAGAUCGUUUGGGAAAGACCUGAUUCCAGAGACGAGCAUGCAAAAGCUGAUCCAAUUACUUGGAGUUUCACUUUCGCUGGUAGAAUCAAUAGAAGGACGGAGAAGGAAAUUGUGUUGGAGAAUAAGGGAAAUCGUGUUAUCAUUUAUCAUUGGCGGGACACUGAGUGUCAGUCUAAGUUUAUUCCCCUGAAGAGACGAGCGAGCCCGUUUUUCUUUAACAAAACGAAGGGAGUGAUUCUUCCAGGGCAGUUUGUCAGAUUGCAGAUCUGGUUUAAAUCACGAAAUUCAGGUGUCUCUACCGAAUAUUGGAAAUUGAUAACUAGUCCGGUGUUGUGUUCCUCGCCGUUGAUAUUUCGACUCUGGGGCUGCGCUGAGACGGUGAACGUUCGAACGGCGGCGAAGUUUAACAGCGUGAGAAUUGUCGACAGAUAUUUAGAUGGUUGUGUUGGACAAACUGUCGCGAGAGAAAUUAUGGAGGAUAUUAUGGAGAAAGUUGGCUCCUUCGAGUAUCCACAACCUGCUUAUGGUAGCUUAUUCUUCGAGUCGGAGAUUUUUACCUUGAAAAAUCCACUGUGCUUCUACAGUCCGAGUGUUUUGAUGGAAUUUCACAAUAUUUACUACGCCGUGACGAAUCAAACGGAACGUCGCUGGAAUAUGUCGUUGAUGGACCUUCGAGAAAUUUUACUGGAGGAUAGAAAGCAUGGAAAUUUGUUGUCGCAGUUUAGCGAGCUGUACAAGGAAUGUUUGAAACCUACUUUGUACAGGUUUGUUCCAUUCGACAAACACGAGGCGGUGUAUAAUUUUCUCUGUUCGUUUUUUAAUCUGUUUGAAAUGGAAAGUGAAUUUGCGAGAAGUGGUUGUUUUGGGAAGGAAUGUAAGGAAACUUCUGGGACAGCUUCAGAAGACAAUUCCACGGAGUCGAUGAUCGAGAGAAGUAACGCUUCGCGUGUCAAACGUAUCAGCUGUCUGAGUUCCCGAUUGCAACGUAAUCAGGUUGAGGAAAUUCGUGAGACUUCUGUUUCUGUGACAGAUGAUCAAGCGUAUAAAGAGAUAUUUUUCCAACGGAUAUAUAAUCUUUUGGGAGUAACUGUGGUACGUGUUUUCGCAACGAUCGAGUCGUUUAAUAAUUUGAACGAACCUGAUAAGUGA